CUUACCGAGGCGCGCGCUGUCUCUGCUGCCAGCUGUAAACACCAACGAGAGGUACGAGCGUCGCUUUAAACAGGCUGCCGGAGCCGUUCAUCGACAGUAGCACGUCUCACUGCUCAAGGAACAUGGAAGACGACACACUAACGACGCUGAAAAUAUUGAUAAUAGGAGAAAGUGGUGUCGGAAAGUCCAGCCUCCUCUUGAGAUUCACAGAUGACACAUUUGACCCAGAGCAAACGGCAACAAUAGGGGUCGACUUCAAAGUGAAGACCAUCACCGUGGACGGAAACAAGGCCAAGCUGGCUAUCUGGGACACAGCCGGGCAGGAGCGCUUCCGAACCCUGACACCUAGUUACUACCGCGGGGCCCAGGGGGUCAUCCUGGUGUAUGAUGUCACGCGUCGGGAAACCUUUGCCAAGCUUGACAACUGGCUGAACGAGCUCGAAACAUACUGUACACGGAAUGACCUCGUCAAAAUGCUUGUGGGAAAUAAAAUUGAUAAGGAGAACCACCAGCUAGACAGGGCUGAAGGAUUAAAGUUUGCGAGAAAACAUUCCACGCUUUUUAUAGAGGCGAGUGCAAAGACCAGGGACGGUGUUCAGUGUGCGUUCGAGGAGCUAGUGGAGAAGAUCAUCCAGACGCCCGGCCUCUGGCAGAGUGAGAGCCACGGCCGAGGGGUCCAGCUCACUGACGAGGACGCGGGGGGCGGAAGCUGCGGAGGCUACUGCUCCCUAGUCUAGGUCUAGACAACAUGCACCGAUACGUUUACACACGCACACACACACACACACACACACACACAUGUUCAAAGCAUACGUUGGAAUACCACACGCAGUGCCACACAAGCAUACACAUGCAAACCCCCUCCCACUGUGUGCUGUCCUUAACUGAUCUCAAACAAGUAAGCAGUGGAGAGUUGACCCACCACACACACACACACACACACACACACACACACUACUUAUGUUCACACAGACGCUACCUUUUUGCACACGCUGGAACAACCCUGCGCUUAACUGUGAAGGCAGCUCCGCCUUCAUCUAAAUGGAAUUUGAGUGAGGUUCUCUCUCCUCUGUUUUGUUUUGAGUUCUAAGUCUCAGUCUAAGUAUUUUUUUCAGUUUUGGGUCCCUUGGUCAAAAUUGGAAGCCUUCCCAUGUCAUUCACACAUGAAGGGUGUCCAAACCAAGGCUUAGUGUCUGAAGUGCGAGGAUGAGAAUGGGGACGUUUUGACUGAGGGUUUCCCUCUCGUCUCCAGCAUGGUUAUCGUCCUCGAAGCACCUUGCCUUAGUGAGCACAUCUGUUUCUAUGCAGGGCCACUUUUCUCAAGUCUUUCUCGUGCUUGACACCCCCCCUUCCCCGCCCCCAAGACUCUAUGGACAUUAUGCUGCUUACGGGGAAGCUUAUCAAGUCAAGCUGUCUAGUAUUCCAUCUCACCACUUUCAGUCAAAGGCUUGGAUCAUGCGUCUCUGUUGUCCAUACAACUGCCUCAUUUCCUCCGUGCGUAAUAGAGUUACCAACUGUCUGGAAUGACGUUUGACUACUUUUAUUGACUUGGACUUAAAACUUUUUGGUGUGUUUUUGAAGAGUGCAUAAAUCAAAGAGAUUGGCACAAGCACACUUUCCACUGGGUGCUGAAGAAGAGGGAACCUCUUAAAACUGCACGCCUUUGUAGUAACAAGUUGCUUUAAUGGAGUGUGACACACUGGCACUCCCUCUCUCAGACAGAUAAUAUCAGUAAUAACACUGGCACUAUUAUGUUAGUUUUUCAUAAAGAUCCGGAGAGUCAUAAGUGUGUUCCCACAGAAUUUGGAAAAUGAAAGAAGGCGCAGUGUGCUCCACAUCGCUGAUGGAUUUCACAGCACUCUCUAUCUCUGUAUUUGUAUCCAAGCAGCAGUUCUAAAUGUAUGACCCCCGUCCCGCCCACUGACCGUGUUUGUAAUAUUCGAGUGCUGGGGUGUGUUCUGGGAAAUGUAUUUGGAGAGUUUGAUCUUGUAACAGGGAUGGUGAAAAUGACAUGGGUUCAAGCAUGUGUAAUCACAAAUUGAAUUAUUUUUUAAAUCUCUUCUUAAUUGCAUGGGAAACUCUGCGUGCCAUUUAUUUGUGUUUGUUUGUCGAGUGAAUGGCCUUCAGAGGCCAUUUACUUUUAACAAGUUAACUUAUAUUUAGCUGAUAAUAAAACUGAAUUUAAUUGUUUACAUGCGCAAAAAGGAAGUAGGUUUUACUUAUUUAACGGAUAUAGCUCUCUCUUUUCUAUCUUUAGAAAUAUGUGGAAACAUGCCCUUGUAAAUUGUGUGUAUUUCAGGGAUUUGAAUUAGAGAAUUCCUGUAUGCAUUGUAAAGCUGAAUGUAAACAUAUUUCACUACGAACAAAACACCGUAUGUAUUAAACAAUGGUUUUUUAAGCAAA